GAAAAGUGGAAUAACUUCGCAGCUCUAAAAGAGGGCAUAAUGGCUGAGCUACCGCAAAAUUUACAAAUUGUAAAGACAGAAGGACCCCAAUUACCGGAAACGGAAGUACAACCGCGUCGGCUUAUUAAGGAGCGCCUGAAUUUACACGUGAAACGUCGACUCCAACAAGAACAGGAACCGCAGGCACAAACGCAGCAGCAAUUACAAAAAAUUACUCACCCUUCUGGGAAUAUAGCCCGAGAAACUGUCGCUAUUACAGCGCCCCAACAAUCGCCCAAAUCAGCGAAUGUAAACGUGAAUUUGGCCGAAAACGACGUCACUGCCUCGACAUCAACAUCGAAAAGGAAAGAGAAACAACAACAGAAAGAACCAGUCAAAACACGAAGACCCUAUCAAAAGCGUGUAGACAAAAACACCACCAAAAUACAAACACAAACGCAAAUAAUUGAAGAUGGCGGAAAAGGUCGCAAAACCAAACGUCAUAAGCAGCAGGGAACAUUUUCUGCUGCAGGGCCGAGUGGCAACGCCGGUGUAUUAUGUUUAUCGCCCGGCGUUGAAGAAGGCAGCGCUGGCGGCGGUGAUGAAGUGGAUGGUCGAGAUAUGUAUUCACGAGAUAAGGAGAAGUGUCCCGAUAUUUUAGGUAUGGUGUUGAGCGGCAAAAAGCGUUCCUUGAUGCAAAAUGCAGAGGUUCAAGAAUUUUUAGCCAAAAUAAUGAUUGCAUUUAAAAAUUAGAACUUAAGAUUAAGAGCUUUCAAUUAAGGUAAUGAAGUCAUAUACUGUUACGUUUAUUAUUCACAUACACUAGAUUAUUAAAUAAAACGUUGAAAUUACA